GUCGUAGAAGUAAAGCUGUUUUGUUUGAGAGCAGGUUGUCAGCGUUUCAGUUUUAGUUACAUUGAAAAGUUGAAAAUUUGAUGCGAUUUCGUUUCAUAUUGGACUAGGAUUCGCACGAAAGUUCAGAGAUUAUUUUAGGAAUACAGCACGAACAGAAGAGAACAUGGCGGCUCAACUUGCGGGUGUUUUCGAACCGGACUUGCAGACGAAAAUAGCAAAUUCAAAGAUUCUGGUCGUCGGCGCUGGCGGAAUUGGUUGCGAAAUAUUAAAAAACCUCGUUCUGUCCGGGUUUCAGGACAUAGAGAUUAUUGAUUUAGACACAAUCGACGUCAGUAAUCUGAAUCGCCAGUUCCUGUUCCAUAAGGAGCAUGUGGGUAAAUCGAAGGCAAAUGUUGCACGCGAAAGUGCUCUCAGUUUUAACCCGAACGUGAAAAUUAAGGCUUACCAUGACAGUAUUACCACAACCAACUACGGUGUGGGCUUUUUCCAGCAAUUCCAACUGGUUUUGAAUGCUUUGGACAACCGAGCCGCUCGAAAUCAUGUCAAUCGGCUCUGUUUGACUGCUGACGUUCCAUUGAUUGAAUCCGGUACGGCUGGCUACAAUGGUCAGGUGGAACUGAUCAAGCGUGGUCUGACACAGUGCUACGAAUGUACUCCUAAAGCGGCACAGAAGACCUUUCCAGGGUGUACGAUAAGAAACACUCCGUCAGAGCCGAUACAUUGCAUCGUUUGGGCUAAACAUUUAUUUAAUCAACUAUUUGGUGAAAGUAACGAUGAUGAGGAUGUCUCUCCCGAUACGGCUGACCCGGAAGCUGGGGCUGAAGUGGCCGAAACUACGCUGGCAACAGAGGCCAAUGACAAGGGAAAUGUUGAUCGCGUAAAUACGCGGGCCUGGGCUCAGCAGUGUGGGUAUGAUCCCGAAAAAAUAUUCAACAAGCUGUUCUAUGAUGACAUAAACUAUUUGCUGACUAUGUCAAAUCUUUGGAAGAGCCGUACGCCUCCAAAUCCGGCGAAAUGGGAUGCUUUGGAAGAAGAUGGCGAAGCAGCACCGAUUGAUAUGGUUUUGCGCGAUCAAAAAGUCUUGAGCUUGGUCGAGUCUGCAAAGGUGUUUGGGGAAAGCAUCACGGCUUUGAAGGAGGAUUUUGGUAAGCUGGCCGAAGGUGACCAUUUGGUAUGGGACAAGGACGAUAAACACGCAAUGGAUUUUGUCGCUUCCUGUGCAAAUAUUCGCGCACAAAUUUUCAAUAUCCCGCGUAAGAGCCGUUUUGAGAUCAAAUCGAUGGCAGGGAACAUCAUUCCAGCGAUUGCGACUACCAACGCCAUUACCGCUGGAGUUGUGGUAAUGCACGCUUUCCGUGUGCUAAAGGGAGAGCUAGAAAAAUGCAAAUCGGUAUACAUGAGACUUAGACCGAACGGCCGUAACCAGCUGUUUGUUCCGGAUCGCGAUUUGAAUCCACCGAAUCCGAAAUGUUACGUCUGUGCGGCUAAGCCGGAAGUUGUUCUUAAGGUGGACACUAAGAAUGUAACGGUCAAGGAGCUGCGCGACGACAUCUUGAUUAAGGCGCUCAACAUGAUAGACCCCGACGUCAUUAUUGACGGCAAAGGUACGAUUGUGAUUUCGUCUGAGGAAGGCGAAACCGAAUGUAACAACGACAAAAAGUUGGAUCAGUUACAAAUCGUGGACGGUUGCAUUCUGAAGGUAGACGAUUUUGUUCAAAACUACGAACUUACAAUAACUGUUGUGCAUAAAGAUCCUGCUCGGGAUGAAUCAAGUUUUGAUAUUGUGGCUGACGUUGACACGCUUAAACCGAAAGAAAACGAAGAUACGGCUGUCGAUAAUGCACAACCUUCCACUUCCGGUCAGAAUGGGAAUUCAAAACCUUCAAGUUCCUCAGCAGUGGCAAAUGGUGCCAAUGGAGAAGAUGACGAUGACGAUAUGUGUAUUAUUGAAGAAGACACGGAACAGCCUUCUGUUCGCGCAGAGACAGAUAAUGGAGCAGGUCCGAGUAGUGCUACAAGUGGCCAGGAAAAACGUAAACACGAUGAUAGCGAUGCACCCGCUAGUAAGAAGCCGCGCGUCUCAAAUGAUGAGGAUGAUGACGAUCUAAUUGUCAUCAACUAAAGCAAGUGGUGUUAGAUGAAAACAAGAACACCGACAGAUAAUUCUACAGAAUCAAGGCGCAGAAUGUAAGAGUAACCUAAACAAUGUAACACUUCAAUAAAUGUAUCUCAUACAAGUCUCCUGACAAAAAACGACAAAA